GCCAAACUUCGAGCACACGGCCUACCCGGUGUUGAUCGCCUCCAAUGAUUUCGAGAAGUGGUGGAUCGCUUCCGACCGGUUGGAUUCGACACCGAUGCCUUAUUUUCCUAGCACGGACGCCGAUGAGGCACCCGUGUACCAGUACAUCACGGACAAUUGCACCCGCCCGCCUUUCGAGACUGAUACCACGGACUCCUCGGACACGGCUUCUAUGGACCCCAACGAGGACAAUUACGCCUCGCAGCCCGUGUACGUGAUGGUGUGCGUUACGUGGAAGGCUGCGAGCGUGGUUUGGCACCAGCAGGAGGACAGCCAUACGAUGACGACGGAGCACAUCGAGCAGUAUUGCGACGCCGUGGGUGGCGUGGCGGGCUGGCCGUGCGCUUCGAACCCCCUGGCGGGCGACCUCCCCGGCGCCACGGACGGCAUUAUCGACGUGGACAACGAGGCGGGGCUGUCGACGGUGGCGGGGGUGCAGCUCAACGCGAGCUUCGAGGGCAAGGUGGUCCUGCGCGGUUGCCUGGACUGGCCGGGCGACGCGGCGAACAAGGAGUGUAAGACCGCCUCCACCCAGAUGUCGAGGUGGCCCUGCCAGAAGUGCCAGUACAAGAGCACCGACGGCCCCAGCGGCCCCAUCAAGGCGACGACGCUGUACGACAGCCUCCCGCGCAUGGAGGUGCUCCUCCAGGACGUGGUGCUGGGCGGCUCCAGCCUUGGGCGGGAGGCGGUCCCCCACGCCUACGUCCUCACCUCCACCGUGUCCCCGUGGGCCGACGUCCCGCAUGGCUUCGGCAACGGUACCUGGAGGAAUCCGCGGCGACCGAGGGGGGGCACGUGA